UGAAGCUGCUCCCUUUGCCACAUUAUAACUAGUAGGGGAUCUACACCAACCAUGGCCACAGCUGCCUCUAAUCCCUACAGCAUUCUCAGUUCCAGCUCCUUAGUCCAUGCAGACUCUGCGGGCAUGCAGCAAGGGAGUCCUUUCAGAAACCCUCAAAAACUUCUCCAAAGUGACUACUUACAGGGAGUUCCUAGCAAUGGGCAUCCGCUCGGACACCACUGGGUGACCAGCCUCAGUGAUGGGACUCCGUGGUCCUCCACGCUAGCGACGAGCCCCCUCGACCAGCAAGACGUGAAGCCAGGAAGAGAAGAUCUCCAGCUUGGCGCAAUCAUCCAUCACAGGUCGCCUCAUGUGUCUCACCACUCGCCCCAUACAAAUCAUCCCAACGCAUGGGGAGCCAGUCCAGCUCAUAACUCAUCGAUAACCUCCAGUGGACAGCCUAUUAAUGUCUACUCGCAACCUGGCUUCACAGUCAGUGGCAUGUUGGACCAUGGGGGUCUAACACCACCUCCUGCCUCAGCCACUACCCAAAGCUUGCACCCAGUGCUGAGGGACACCGCAGAUCAUGGAGAUAUAGGCUCCCAUCACUGUCAGGAUCACUCUGACGAGGAGACGCCGACAUCAGAUGAGUUGGAACAGUUUGCAAAGCAGUUCAAACAAAGGAGAAUCAAGUUGGGAUUCACUCAAGCAGACGUUGGCUUAGCACUAGGGACUCUCUAUGGCAAUGUUUUCUCCCAGACUACUAUCUGCAGGUUUGAGGCUCUGCAGCUCAGCUUUAAGAACAUGUGCAAACUGAAACCGCUGCUAAACAAGUGGCUAGAAGAGGCAGAUUCAUCUACUGGCAGCCCGACUAGUAUUGACAAAAUAGCAGCCCAAGGCAGGAAAAGAAAGAAGAGAACCUCGAUAGAGGUGAGUGUCAAAGGGGUUUUGGAAACUCAUUUUCUUAAAUGUCCCAAACCUGCAGCCCAAGAGAUCUCCUCCUUGGCAGACAGCCUGCAGUUGGAGAAAGAAGUGGUGCGUGUCUGGUUUUGUAACAGAAGACAAAAAGAGAAAAGAAUGACUCCACCAGGGGAUCAGCAGCAGCACGAGGUUUAUUCUCAUAACGUGAAAACAGACACAUCCUGCCAUGAUCUUUGACUAUAGGGCUCGGCUCGCAGACAGGACUGGGAACAGCGCGGAUUUUCUAAGAGGGUUUUAACUUAUGCUUAAAGAGGAAACAAAAACAAAUACUCGAAGACUUAGAGCAUGGGGCUUCCUGCUCUUCCUCCUGGGCAAUAUUUUCUCUCAAACCUUUUCGCUGAUCAGUACAUAUUGUUUACUAUCAAACAAGGUUUGUUUUCGGUCUCCACUAGGAAGAAAAGAAAAAAAAAAGACAGAUGUGUGCCUAUGAAUAACCUUCCAGCGCCUUGGUUAUAUCAGCUGUAUUUCAGGUGAAUCUGUUUUACAAUAGACUAGUUUUGCAUUUUUAAAGACUUAUAUAGCGUUUUUAAAUGUCUGAGGUGUUUUACUACAAACUGUACACAAUAUUUGUGGCAUAAUUUGUACCGAAUUGAUCAGUCAUCAUUCCCCCCCCCCCUCCAUGUAUUGGGCAUAUCACUGUUACUGUAGUGGGGAGAAGGGGUACUUCCCUUCGCUUCCCUUCAUUCCCCCAAAUUCCAUACUAGAGGAGUGGGGUCCCCUUUCUGCACCCCAAAGGCAGGAAGUUGUGCCUCCUUUGACUGUAACACAGCUGACUGCCGCUUGCACGUUGUGAAGAAUAACAGACUGAUUUUGUUGCAGCUUUUCCUUCUUUUCAAAUAACUUCCUAAAACCACGACAUGGUUCAGAUUGAAAUUCCGAAAUAAAUCCCCCGACUCCCUGUUCCCUCCUCCACGGAGGAAAAAAAAGAGACCUGAAAUUAAGCAUUGCAACUAAAAUAAAGGAUUUGUCCCUUCUUUUCUUUCUGAAAACGUGUUGGGCUUCUGAUCAGCGGCAGACUGCGAAGGUCUGUAGUAAAACACCUUAAUAAUUCUGCGCUUUGGCUUCAGAAAUCAGUUUCUCUGUAUUUUUGUUUCAAUAUUAAAGAGGGAUUCUGAGGUAUCUCAAUGAAUUUCGGGGAAAUGCCCGCCUUUGUUUCAUGCUGAGCUUAUUUUCGUCUCACAGGGAAAUGCUAGAUUUGUUGAAAAGCUUUUUAUUAAACAAAUAAACAAAAAAGGCAAGUGAAUAAAAAUGCUAAAAAAGUGUAACCAUUUUUUCUGGCAUAUGAAGGAGCGGUGCUGUAUUCUUCCCUUCUUCCCAGCCUUCAGCAGAGAUGUAUUCUGUGUGUGUACACAGAUAUGUAGUAUGUAUGUGUGUAA